AUGGAACAAGGAAAUGUUCAUUCGGUUCUUUUCGAAAAAUCAGAUAUGUACAACUAUAAUACACCAGAAAAUUUACAGUUUUACACAACCAACUAUGGAGAUCCCAAUUAUACGACGCAAGUAAAUACAGGGUAUUUUGGACAACCAGCUACUCAAGGCUAUACGCAUCACAAUGAAUUUCAUACUGCUGGAAGUUUUUGGAGCGCAUUUGGCACUGGUGGAUUUGCUAACGAGCCACCAUUAUUAGAAGAACUUGGAAUUAAUUUUGGACAUAUAAAAACCAAAAGUUUGGCAGUGUUGAAUCCGCUUAAAACAAUCGAUAAACAUAUAAUGGAUGAUACCGAUUUAGCAGGACCGCUUAUAUAUUGUUUAAUAUUUGGUGUUUCUUUAUUACUGACAGGGAAGGCGCACUUUGGAUACAUCUAUGGCGUGGCACUUCUUGGAUGGUUAUCUAUUUAUUUAAUAUUGAAUCUUAUGAGUGAUUUAGAAAUAGAUAUAUAUCGUACAGCAAGUGUAUUAGUGGACCUAUUGGACUUGUGA